CCUUAUCGUAACUCGCUAUAUUUCCGUCGACCCUCGGCUCUGACUCCGAAGCAUUGGGCGGCGUUGGUAUUCUCUUCCUCCGACGUCGGCGGCGUCUCCGCUUCUUCUUUCUCUAUCUCCCCCGUCUUCUUUGCGAGAGUGGUCGAUUCUUCCUUCUUCAGGGAAAGUUAAAGAUUCUGUUUAUUGGAUCCUUUACUUUCCUUAGCCUGAUGCCAAUGGACUACGACGAUUCCUUCGAAUGCUCUCCAGAAAUGGUGGAUUUUCUUUGCGAGAGGUUGCUGGACCAGAGGCAGCCCAUUGCCGAGCGCUUCAGAGCUCUCUUUUCCCUACGUAAUCUCAAAGGUGAUCGCCCUAGGGAAGCCCUCGUAAGCGCUACAAGAGAUCCUUCAAAUUUACUUGCACAUGAGGCCGCAUUUGCUCUCGGUCAAAUGCAGGACACAGAGGCCGUUCCUGCAUUAGAAGAAGUUCUCAAAGAUCUUUCAUUACAUCCUAUUGUUCGCCAUGAGGCUGCUGAAGCUCUUGGAGCAAUUGGUUCAGAGGGAGUUAUUACACUGUUGAAAGAUACUUUGAUUGGAGAUCCUAUACUUGAGGUACAAGAAACAUGUGAAUUAGCUCUUAGAAGAAUCAUGGAACAGAAAAGCAUUAAUGGAGGUGAAGAAAGAACUUCUAAAGCCUCACCAUUCCAUACUGUAGAUCCCGCCAUACCUGCUUCCCUUGAUUUUUCAGUUGAUCAAUUAAGGGAAGUUCUCCUCAAUGAAGAAGAGGGGAUUUAUGAGAGGUAUUCUGCUUUAUUUGCACUUCGGAACCAAGGCAAUGAUCCUGCUGUAAGAGUCAUCAUUGAAUCCUUAGGUGCUAGAAGUGCUCUGCUGCGACAUGAGGUUGCAUAUGUAUUGGGCCAACUUCAACAUAAGAUGGCCGCUUCAGCAUUGGCUGAUAUUAUUAAAAAUGUUGAUGAGCAUCCGAUGGUUAGACACGAAGCUGCUGAAGCACUUGGUUCCAUCGCAGAUAGUGAAAGCAUUCAGCUUCUCCUGGAAUUUGUAGAUGAUCCUGAACCUAUUGUUUCUCAGAGCUGUGAAGUGGCUUUGAGCAUGCUUGAGUUCGAACGUGCGGGCAAGUCUUUCGAGUUUUUGUUCAUGGAGCCCCCUGAAGUCAAGUAGUUCUUCAUAUAUAUCUCUUGCAAAUCUAGAUAGUGGAUAUUUAUGCCAGGAAAAAUGGCAAGGAAAUGCAUUAUUGUCUCACCAAUAACUUGUUCCUCAUCACAAAAAUAUAUAACCAGAGAUUGAUAGAAUUUUGGGAGCCAUGACAUGCACUGUCGGUCCCAUUAACAUAUCUGAUUAUAAGGAAUUGACAUGGUGUGUACUGGCAGUAACACAGAUUUUUUAGUUUUAUUUUUAUUUUGUAUUUUGUAUUUUGUGUUGACUUGUGUUCAGAAAUG